AUGAUUGAUCUAUCAAAUUUAUUACCAGCCAACCAAAAUUUCAAACUACUAUACAUACAAUCCAAACCAACAUAUAUAAAAUCACCAAUUUAUGCAAAUAAACAUAUUGACACUGUGAAAAUAAGACAUUUUUUCCUCCUUCUUCAAAAUGACAUUAUUGUAAUGGCCUUGGAAAUUUUUAGUUAUUUACAGAUUGGAACAGAGGUUACUCAAUUCAUAUUCAUAAGUAAAUGUGACACAGUAGGGCUAAUCAAAUUGAAUUUUAAGUUAUCGUCAAUCAUAGAAUAUUUGAUAAAUUAUGUUAUAAAUUACAAUCUUGCCAAUUACAAAAUUAAAAACAAGAAAGUGAAGAAACCAUCUGAUCCCAACACCUUAGACUCUAUCAUAAAUAAACUCCAAUUUAAUAAAUAUGUCCCAUAUUAUAAUGAAAUCAAACAGGAAAAAGUAGAAGAAUUUAGAACCUUACCAAAUUCCCAAAAUGUCAAAAUUUGUUUAUUUACUAGAUCUGCCCCACAGUAUAUCUUUCCAGAGUCAUCAGUUAAUGAAUUUAAACACUUAAUUACUGGUCAAUCAUUAUUACGUUGGUGGAUCAAGAUCAUAAAUGGAGUAUCACCAAAUUUUACCAAAAAAUUACUUAUCCCAGGGACAGAUAUCAAUUCAACAUACAAAUUCAUUAAUUCAAGUUGGCAAAUUGGACAUAUUUUCAAUGAUGGAUUAGCAUGUUACAAUAUUCCUAUAUUUCCAGAUGAUCCAAAAGGAAGAUUUAUUGAACAUUUGAUUGUUGGAAAUCGAUAUUCUCAUGUUGAUGUAUCUCAAUUUUAUUGUGAAUUGGAAAGUAGACAAGAGUUUAGAAUUGGUGAUUGUGUUGGGUUAAUUGGAGCUGAAAAGGAUGACAUCAAAAUAGGUGGUGAAGGUGGUGAUGGUAUUGUAGUUUCAUUGCAUGAUUAUAAAUCAUUUAUGAAAUUGAUUAAAUCUGUUUAUUAUAAUAAGUUAAUUAAUGUUGAGAAUAUGAGUACUGUGGAUAUACCUAAGUUUUUUGAGAAUAUUGGAAUUGCAUUUGAUUAUUUAAAGUUUAAAGGAUCUAUGGAAAUGAAAAUUGAAGAAAAGGUUAUUGAUAAACCAGUUGUAAAUAAUUUAGUUGUUAAAAGAAAAACAAAUGAUUUAACUGGUAUGAUAAGAAAGAAGAAGAACAAGAAGAUAUAA